CUCUUCUCCACACUGCUCCUCGUGGAAUAAUGUCUUGGGGGUUUGAUUCUGUCAGAAACUUCCAACGUGUUCACUGACUGAUGAAUUGGAGGACACAGCUCACCUACAGGGAUACAGUCUGCGGUGAGGCAGAUGCAUCUGCAGAGGUCCGCAAUCGCUUUAACAUUCGCCCUGAGCGAGGGUGGUCACCGCUCUGAAACAUGUCUGGAGGCUUAGGUGUGAAAGUAGAGAGCUCCCCGUCCCAUGUGUGAACAGCCGGACACACACCCGGAGUCUGAACUCAUUGCUUUGACUGCCGAGCAGGCGUUUGGACACACAGCACAAGCCUUUGCCCUGUCUCAGAGAUCCCCCAUCCUCGGCAAAGGGGCAGUGAUCUGCUGAGGUGCAGUGUAACUAAUUCCCAAAUCCAAUGGCACAGAUGCAUUUUCGACUUUUCUCCUUUGCGCUGGUCCUGCUGAACUGUAUGGAUUACGGAUACUGUCAAAGUAAUCGAGGGAAACGCAACAAGCGAGCAAACUCUGGACCAUACCCAAUCUGUAAAGGCUGCCUGCUUUGCUCGAAGGAUAAUGGAUGUCUCAGCUGCCAGCAGAAGUUGUUCUUUUUCCUUCAGCGAGAAGGAAUGCGACAGUAUGGAGAGUGCUUGCAUUCUUGCCCAUCAGGAUAUUAUGGUCUACGUGCUCCUGAGAUGAACAGAUGUGCAAGAUGUAAAAUAGAGAAUUGUGAGAUGUGCUUCAGCAAAGACUUUUGUACAAAAUGCAAAGCUGGCUCUUACUUACACAAAGGCCGUUGCUUUGAAGAUUGCCCUGAAGGGUUUGUGCCAUUGGAAGAUAACAUGGAAUGUGUGGAUGGUUGUGAGGUAGGACAGUGGAGCAACUGGGGAACGUGCAUAAAGAACAACAAGACGUGUGGCUACAAGUGGGGACUUGAGACCAGAACACGGCAAAUCGUGAAAAAGCCAGCAAAAGACACAAUACCCUGCCCAACCGUUGCAGAAUCCAGGAGGUGCAAAAUGGCAAAAAGGCAUUGUCCAGGAGAGAAAAGCCAGAGAACAAAAGGCAAGGGUGGUAACAACAGAAAAAAGAAAAAGAAAAACCGAUCGAAGGCCCACAAACAACACAGUGUCCUGCAAGCUACAGAGAGCACUGACCAGUAAAAGGACAAACCCAUUUAUUAUGCAAAGUGCACAAUGCUGCUAUCCGCUCCUGCACACUCCGCACUGCAGUUGUGCUGCUUUGACAGUAUUGGUGGCAAAUAACUUGUGUGAGAAAGUCCACAAGUGUGUUUGUUUUAUUUAUACUUUUCAUUUGUUUUCCCUCCAUUGAUCCGAAUGGGAUGAGCAAACCUGGGCUCUGCCGCCGACGAGAGGAGGAAGUGUGCUGGUGUCUUUCACGAAGGCUUGUCACGAGGAUGGCCGAUGGGCUGCCAGCCAUUAAAAUAAUUAAACACUAAAACCAAUCUCUGCUUGAAUAGCUGCAAACAAAAUGGAAAACGGACAAGUGCUGUAUAUUUAUAUGAAAGAAGAGAUUGUAAAGCAGGAAGAGGACUGUUCAUUUAUGGCGUUUUUGUCUCCUUUAUUGUACAUUCCAACCCCCCUUAUAUAUUUGAAUACAUGCAUAGCUACAAUGUAUGUAAUCCUCAGCACAGAUUCUGUUGACAGUCGCUGAAAUAAAAUGCUUAAAGGCUGUAAUUGUAUAAAACAAGAAAUGACCAACAGCUCAUUGCUCGACUGGCAUGGCUGUCACCAUGUGUACACAGUGCUGAGAGUACCCAUAAUAAACGUAUUUACUGUACAUGUAAGCAUC